CUUUCGUUAGUGGACGUGCCGGCGUUACCAUCGAGCUAAAAAGCUCCCAGAGGGCUCCUACCCAGCUGCCGCUACAACCAAUCGUUCUAGGGCCAAUUAAAAUCCAAAACAUACCACACAUAUAUUUUUGUAGUAAAAAUAAAAAUAUAAAAAAAAUCACACAAUCCAUUAAACACAAAAAUUAUAUACAAAAAACAAAAAAAACCAACAAAAAAAAACACAAAAAUUAAAGUGCGCGGGUGGUGGAAGAAAACGAAUUACUUUAUAGGUACUUCUUAGAUGCAAAAAAUUGUAGAAAAGUGAAUGUAAACAGCAACUGUUAGGCAUUUGCCAUGUGCCAUAAACAAGUGUGAAUAAAUUACAAUUACACGCGUCCAACUGCGCAACAAAAUAUGCUAGGAAAAAGUGCCACACCGCCAGGACAACAAGAUGCUGCAGUGUUAAUUUAAGCAGCAACUUUGGCAACAUCAGGAAACGGAAACCAGCCAGGAGCAGAGAACCAGGGAACAGGGAGCAGUGAGCAGCAAAACGCAAACAGAAGCUGUGGCGAAAAAGCAUGCACUAGCCAGUUGUUUGGAGCUGCCCCGUGACUUCCCGUCUCUUUCCGGCGCCCCUACAGCCGUCUCUCUCUCCUCCCGCAACUCUACUUGAAGCUCUAUCCCGGCAGCAGAGCCAUCGAGCAGCACCAGCAGCAGCAGCAGGCACCAUGAAUAUUGGCAUCGCAGCACAGAAAUGGGAUAAAUUGUCGCCGCGAGAGUUUCUACAGCUACAGGAGUUGGCCUCAUAUUCCACACGCAAGCUGCAAGAUGUCCUGCAGGAGUUCUGCUCGCCGAGCGCCACAGCGCCGCCGAAGUGCAUCCCGGAUGGGGACAUUGAUUUCGAUGGUUUCCGACGCUUCCUGGACGCCUUCCUCGACUGCGAGGCACCGCUGGAUCUGGCCAAGCAUUUGUUUGUGUCCUUCCUCAAGCCGAAUGUCACCCAGGCCCAGCUGCAUGGCCGGGCACUUAAUCAAAUGGCCGCCAUCAGCAGUACGGCAGCCUGUGCGCCGGUCACGUCCCACACCAAGGGCUCCAUACCGAACAUCAAUAGCAUCGCCGAGCUGAUGCCGCAGUGCAGCGGCUCAGGAGGCGCAGGCGGCGGCGGCGUUGGCGUUGGAGGGGGCUUGGCAGGGGGCGAGAGCCACGCACAGGCCCGUAGCAGCUUUGUGGACAAAAUCCAUGGCAUCACCGAUAAAUUACACCACUCACUGGGCGGACAUCUCUCCCACGAUCCCAGCAAGACUGGCAGUGUCCAUCCAAUGCUCACCGUAACUCCAAGUCCUCUGGCCAGCGGACCGAGCAUGUUCCAGGCCAAUAAUCCGGCCCGUCGCUCCGUAGACUCCAGCCCCUCGCACUCGCAGACCAAUCACUCGCAAAUGUCAAGGAACUCCUCCAAGAAGAGCAACAAUUCGGUUAAUUGCAAAAUUGAUGCUGACAUCAAGCUCCUGGCGCGAAAACUUUCCCAUUUUGAUCCACUGACACUUAAGGUCCCGCUCAAGGAUGUCGUCUGCUAUUUAUCACUCCUGGAAGCUGGUCGUCCCGAGGAUAAGCUGGAAUUCAUGUUCCGGCUGUACGACACGGAUAGCAACGGAGUCCUGGAUACGGCCGAGAUGGAUGCGAUUGUUAAUCAGAUGAUGGCUGUAGCCGAGUAUCUCGGCUGGGACGUCAGCGAACUGCGUCCGAUACUGCAGGAGAUGAUGGUUGAAAUUGACUACGAUGCCGACGGCACAGUGUCCCUGGAUGAGUGGCAGCGCGGUGGCAUGACGACCAUUCCCCUCCUGGUCCUCCUAGGUGUCGACAGCACCACUCUCAAGGAGGACGGCAUCCAUGUGUGGCGCCUGAAGCACUUCAGCAAGCCGGCGUACUGCAACCUCUGCCUCAACAUGCUGGUGGGUCUGGGCAAGAAGGGACUCUGCUGUGUGCUCUGCAAAUAUACGGUCCACGAGCGUUGUGUGCAACAUGCCCCCGCUUCCUGCAUCACCACCUACGUGAAGUCGAAGAAACCCAAAUGCGGAGGCGAUUUGUUGCACCACUGGGUGGAGGGCAACUGCUAUGGACGAUGCUCCAAGUGCCGCAAGAGGAUCAAGGCCUAUCACGGUAUUACAGGACUCACCUGUCGUUGGUGCCAUAUGAUGCUCCACAACCGCUGCGCCUCCUCGGUGAAGAAGGAGUGCACCCUGGGCGAGUACGCCGAGCUGAUUGUCCCGCCCACGGCCAUUUGUCCGGCCGUACUGGAUCGCCAGCGUUCCGUAAACCAGGCGCACAAGAAAUCCCAAAUGCAUCAUCACCAGGCCACCCACUUCCAAAUCACGCCGCCGGACGAGCUGAGCUGCCCGCUGCUGGUGUUCGUCAAUCCGAAGAGCGGCGGUCGCCAGGGGGACCGCAUCCUGCGCAAGUUCCAGUACAUGCUGAAUCCCCGCCAGGUGUACGACCUCUCGAAGGGCGGUCCCAAGGAGGGACUGACGCUCUUCAAGGAUCUGCCCCGCUUCAAGGUCAUCUGUUGUGGCGGUGACGGCACCGUCGGCUGGGUUCUCGAAGCCAUGGACUCCAUUGAACUGGCCACCCAGCCCGCCAUCGGUGUGAUUCCUUUGGGAACUGGAAACGAUUUGGCCCGCUGCCUCCGCUGGGGCGGCGGCUACGAGGGCGAGAACAUACCCAAGCUGAUGGAGAAGAUCCGGAGGUCCUCCACCGUAAUGCUGGACAGAUGGAGCAUCGAGGUAACCAACACUCCACCCAUCGAAGACUUGAGACCCAAGGUGACGCUGCACUCGAACAUGCAGAAGGUGAUUGAGCUGUCGCAAAGUGUUGUGGUGGACAAAUCGCUGAUGGAGCGGUUCGAGGAGAUCCAGAGGCAGGGCAGGCAACACCAGCCACAGGCAACAGCAGCCUCCACCACAUCGAUUAUGAUGGCCACGGCGGAAACGGCGACGGAGUUUAGCAGCACCACCACAACCCGGACAACAACCACAAAGAGCAUUUCGAUGUCCACAUUCGAGACGCAGUGCAUGAAGAAGACUCUGAGGGCCACCCUGAGCAGCAGCAGCAGUAGCAACUCGAGCAGUGCCCACGGCAAUGGCAAUGGCAACCAGCCAGCAAGCCAACAGCAAUCGGAAGCGGAGGCCGAGGCCGAGGCGGAAGCUGAAGCUGAAGUCCUGCAACAACCAGAGUCCGUGGGCCGAAGGAGGACAGAUGAAACGGAAAAGCAAUCACUGGAGACGCUUCUAUUGCAGCACAAGCAGCAACUGCAACAGCAACAGCAGCAGCAACAGCAACAAGGAGCCACCGCAUCCGAUACCGGAGAGGAAGCUGCAACAGCAACACCAUCGGGGAAUAAUCAAAGCGAUAAUAAUAGUCAGCGCAAUAAGCAAAACAACAUCCUUAAACAGCAAAUUACAUUGUCAUUGGAUUUUUCCGACCAUGAAGGCGGCGAGGACGAGUAUCCGGUGGAGGAGCCACCUAGCAGUCCGCAAACACCAAUCACACCGACAACACCAGCCCAGCAACAGCACCAGCAGCAACAUCUACAAUUUGAGGAGCAACAAGAGCAGCAACAACUGCAGCAGCAACAGAAGCCCAUCAAAGUGCAAUCGGACAAGGAUUGCACUGUUCCGUACAACAUUAUAAACAAUUAUUUCUCAGUUGGUGUGGAUGCCGCCAUCUGCGUCAAGUUUCACUUGGAGCGGGAGAAGAACCCGCACAAAUUCAACAGUCGGAUGAAGAACAAGCUAUGGUACUUCGAGUAUGCAACGUCCGAGACCUUUGCCGCAUCCUGUAAGAAUCUCCACGAGAGCAUCGAGAUAGUGUGCGAUGGGGUUGCCCUGGACCUGGCCAACGGACCCCACCUGCAGGGAGUGGCCCUGCUCAACAUCCCGUACACACACGGCGGCUCCAACCUGUGGGGCGAGCACCUGUCCCAGAAGCGAAUCCGCAAGAGUGCCGGACCCUUUGGUAAAAGCAAGAAGCUACGGGCCGGCGACAAGGAGUUUUCCGCCACAAGCUUUAAUUCUGUGGACCUAUCCGUGGCAAUACAGGAUAUUGGAGAUCGCCUAAUCGAGGUAAUUGGCCUGGAGAAUUGCCUGCACAUGGGCCAGGUGAGAACUGGUUUGCGAGCCUCCGGACGCCGCCUGGCCCAGUGCAGCGAGGUGAUCAUCAAGACCAAGAAGACGUUUCCCAUGCAGAUCGAUGGAGAGCCCUGGAUGCAAAUGCCCUGCACGAUCAAGGUGACCCAUAAGAACCAGGUGCCCAUGCUGAUGGCACCGCGCUCGGAGAAGGGACGAGGAUUCUUCAAUCUGCUGUGCAGCUGAUUCCGGCGCAGCGCAUCGAGCGACUUCAUGGGCCGUCCGCCCGCCGAGUCCGCCGAUGAGCUGGAUGAUGACUUUCGGAUCGUCACUAGGAGCACCACCGUCCAUAAUAUAGCCUAGCACCGAUAGCUUUAGCCCUAGUCCACCCGCGCUUCACACACCCCCCUUAGUUUAAGUUCCCCUUCUGAUGUGUAUAUGUCGAGUGAGUUACAGAGCUUUAUGAUUAGCGUUAGAUUAGCCAAAUAUACAACCAACCGAUUCAAGUCCAUUCCAAA